AUGGAGCUGUAUGUGGACACGUUUUCCGGUGACGUUGACAGCAACGUGUUCAAAACGUCGUUGGAACUCAGCGAAGCCGACAUUACUCUUUCCGCCGGGUUUCUUCCUUUCAAUAAAACGAGUCCUUCACUUUCCCAGUUUGCUGCAACAUUUCCCAUUAAUGCCGAUGCCACAACAAAUAAUGGCACAGACUAUCUUGUUAAUACGACAACGACGGCGAUACCGAGAAUUCUAUCAAGUACAAUAUCUGAAAUUUUCGACAGAAACAACGUGGAUGUGAACUAUUUUGACAAAACAACUGUUGGGUCAUAUGGAUUGUUCGGAGAACUGGAACAAUACACCGAGCUGUGGGUUGCCAGGUAUCUCAACCUAUACUACUUAUGGGUACUUUUUCUAUUCGGAUUUACCGGAAACAUUGCCACUUUUAUCACAGUCAUCAAAAUACGUCCUCACCGGUCGUACACAAUAUGCAUUGCUGUUCUGGCCAUCAUCAACAACUGUGCAAUCAUCAGUAAAUUACUGUUCCACCAACUGACGCUCUACGACGCGCCGAUUGGGCCAUGGGGCUGCAGGAUUCUGUACUACCUGGUCAGCUUCUUCUCCAUGUAUUCCAGCUGGAUAAUCGUAACCAUGACCUUGGAGCGAUUCGUCGCCAUCUACUUUCCGAUGAAGGUCGUCACCGUCUGCACGAGAGCUAAGAUGCUGUUCUUCCUGGUGAUCCUGGCCGUCUUCCUCCUGCUAGCCGACAUCCACUUCUUGUGGACGUCUACGGACACCUUCCACCCGAUAUUCAAACAGCACUGCGGCUUCCUGCGACAGUACCAGCACUUCAUCCGGUACUACUGGUACUGGAUGGACGGGUGUAUGUACGCCAUCAUACCCUGCAUCCUGCUGCUCAUCUUCAACACGGUGAACAUCUUCGGAAUCAGACAGUCGUACAAGACCCAGAAGGAGCUGUUGAAGAAUCGAAGCGAGCUCAUUGUGGAGAGGUUUCGAGAUCAAGGGAAGAUAACUGUGAUGGUCGUGGCCGUGUCGGUGCUGUUUCUGCUGUUGGUUCUUCCAAACUGCUUCCAUUACAUCAUCAAGCCGACCUGGGACUACACCCCGCUGAGCCACGAACAUGCGCUGUUUCUGUUAACAAGGGAGAUAAUUUUCGUGCUCUCCGACUGUAACCACGGUAUUCAGUUCUUCAUAUAUUUCGUCAUGGCCAAACCAUUUCGUCGCGAGUUUGUGAAAUUCUUUUUCUGCCAUGAUAAUCGAGGGCAUCGAUCAUCCAACGCUUGUUACAUGUUGUCUGCUCUGAAUCCAUUGAGGAAAGUUAAACUCAUAUCUGUGUCAACACUGAACGUUAUAAACGUAUCUAAUGUGGAGUACUAA